AUAAAACUAAACUAAACCAAACAGAGGCGUGUUCUAGGUUUCUGAUAUUUAAACCCAGAUUCUCUCACCGGCGAUCGAUAUUUGCCACAUUGGGUUCGUGAAGAUGGUGGAGAAAUCAGUAAAGUUAUCAUCGAAAGGCAUUACACCGGUUGACAUUAUAAGUCAAGCUUUAUUAUCUUCUAAGUCAUUGGCUAGAAAUCGAAAAGUCUGUGGCAACAAAGGAGUUUUUCCUUGUAGACAGUCUAAAGGUGAUCUUGCAGAGGACUUAUCUGAUAUCAGUGAUGCUGAGGUUGCUGAUAAUCUAAAUAAUAAAAAGGAAUUCAUUCUGAAGAAGAGAGCAUGGGAAUUGAUGAACCCUGAAUACCAAAAGGGGAGUUAUAGGAAAGUCACCACUGGGAAAAAGAAGGAUCCUGCUAAUAAGACUGCUCCUAGUAAGAAAACUUCUGCAACCAGAACUGAAAGCAAUGCAGGGAGUGAAAAUAAAAAGAAACCGAGUUUGGAAAUCAAUUACGAUGUCUUGGAUAAGCUAUUUGAUCCUGAGAACUCUCCGAAGAGGGCUAAGCUAGAUAAACCAGUUGUUGUUGGUGACCAAAUGGAAUAUUCAAAGCAAAGCAGUGAAGAAAGCCUUUUGAAACCUCAGUACUCUGAAAAAGAAGAAGAAGAAGAACCAGACUGGAAUGAGGAUUACAGUAAUGAAGAUGCGUAUAAAGGAAACGAAGAAUGCUACGGCGAUGAGGAUCUUGAAUUUGAAGAUCAAGAUGAAGAAGAAGAUAAUGAAGGGGUAAUUUGGUGAUCUCAACAUGUUUUACUCAGAAAAGUGAAUGUCAUUUUUUUCUUCUUCAAAAUUUUGACAGAACUAUAAAGUUAUCUCUACAUGUCUGAUUUAGAUUCAUCAUCUUCCUAUCUAAUAUAUGAAAGUCACCACA